UUUUAAUCCACACUGUUGUCGUAGCCGUAGCCUGACAGCUGAGUCUGCGUCUGCAAACGCGGGAAUAUUGUUUACAUCGGUGAAAAAAAUGUGAAAAAUUCCCACACGAACAGAAAUGGAGUCGGAAGAAUUUCUGGCAAAGGAGCAGAGAGUCCUAGAGGCCUAUUUUAUGAGCCUCGGUCAUUUCUACUAUGACAAGGCGAAGGAAAUUGCUGAAAAAGAGCGGGAUGGGCUAGUCAAAGCCGGCAUAAACACCUCCCUGUUCAGCAGUGCUCUCACGGCACUGUCGCAACUGGCGGUCGCGGAGAAGUUGUAUAUGUCGUUGCAGUACCUGGUGCCGAAAAGUUUUCUUCGCAAAGACAGCUCGCUCAAAUCGGUGUACGAGGCGCUUCGACUUGAGUUUCGCCGACUCAAGGACCAGGCUCCGGGGUGCACGCCGCUCUCGUCAAGCCCGUCGCCGUCGACCUACUCUCCUCUGUUGACCCCGUCGCCCUCUCUGGCCUCGCUGACCUCCAUGAGCCCUAGCAUCGUGAUUGGCUCCUACCAGAGCAGCUCCUCUACAGUGUCCCUGUCUCCACCAAUGGGAGUGGUUGACUCGUUCCUGAGCCACCUGUGCGAGCAACUCUACACGUUCGUGUCCGCCCGGCUCAAGUCGAUGGACUUCUACGACAAGCUUUUUUCUCUGAGUUCUGGGAAGAUGAUGAAGUUUGAGGAGCUGUCUGGAACUCUGGCAGACAUCAUUUCGCACAGCCAAAAGCUUUUUCAUCACCCCCUGCUGACGCCUCUCAAGUCUUCCUUCAGCCUGGAGCUGGAGACACUGCACCACCUGUUGGAGGCACAGGUGAUCCUGUCCAAGUGGCAGUUCCUUCAGGCCCUCCUGCACCUCCAGGAGGUUCAGGUCAAGCUCGGGGAGUGGAAUGCUAGUCUCAUGCCGCCCGGGACGCGUCGUCUGGGAACCUCUCUCCUGCGUCCCGAACGCCUUCCUCACCUCUAUGCCUGGAUCAACAGGCUGAAUGCGGUCAUGGUAGGAAAGUUCACUCUGUACUUCAACAAGGUACUCAGCAAACAGACCACUCAUCAGGAAAUGAAGCACUUUGGCCAGCAGAUGACCGUGGACUACUGCCACAAGAUAGCCUCCUUCUACAAGAAGUCCGACGCCGUGUGCGUGGAGCUACUCUUUGACGCCUUCGGGGACGAGAGCUACUACGAGCACGGGUACAGGCACCCCGACCGGUCCGUCGAGGUCCCUAAGGGCAUCGACUCCUACCCGGCCAUCUACUUCUACCCUUCGACAUACCAAGAGAAGCAACACCGGCCCAACAUCAUCAUGAUAAUCAACAACAAGGUCAAUGAGCUCAACUCCGAGGGCAUUGUCUGCUUCUACGACAAUAGAGUGGAAAGAACCUACUUCCUGACCAAGCUGGACCCACGUGUGACCAUGGUCAUCGUCUACUGCUCCCGCAAGUCUGAGAAGGACACAUUCAUUGUGGGGUUCAUGCAAGACUUUGCCCUCCAAGUGCGAGGAAACAAGGUGUUCUCUAUGCUCAAGCCGGGGAACAAGUGAAGAAGUGACCGCACUGAACGGUUCCAAAUUCUCGUAUGGCAAUAAGCUCCGUGACCCUCCUUAGCUGCAAGCUGUGCCUACCUAGUCCAACGACGUUCAGCGACAUCACUUUAUUUUCCCCUUCCUUUAAUUUGUUUUGGGGAAGCGUCGAGGGCAUGGCGGCGCAUAAGGAAGUGCGGUGAAGCAAUCUUUGAGGAGCUACGCGAUCGGGAGAGCAGACGGCGCUGUGGAGGCUGUCGGCAGCCUAAAUGCGCCAGUUUUCUUGCUUAAAAUUUACCAGAAAGCUCAUGAGCUAUUGUGUUUGAUAGACUUCUACCUGAUCGGCCCGGAAUUUGUCUUCGUUAUAUCCGCUAGGCUCUUUUAUUUACUUCGUUAAAACUGGACCCGAAUUACAUUGGAAAUGUAUAAAUGGGAAUGGGAAAUAAAUAUCUCUUCAUUAUAACCACUA